AGAAGUGUCCCACAUCAGCACGAGCUGCAGCGUCAACUGUCUCUACUAGAGUUGUGAAGCAGAGUCCCAGUCAAAGACAACCAAGCAGCGAGCUGAAGUCCUGUGCCGAUUUGGUUGAUGCUGAUUUUAAAGAAAGACUGCCGGUCUGCAGCAGGAAAACCAUGCAUCUGAAUUGUAUCCUGAUUUAGCCAGAGUUGAUGCACACAUGUGGCCCUGUAAGCUGUGACUGUGACUACACUAUCAAGGAAAUUCCUCCAUCCUCCAGGGUCACCUCGAGAGAUUAGCAACAGAUCAGAAGUCUACAGGGAGAUGGCCACUGAGGGAAACCAAGCUAAAGUUGGCUCUGCAGCAGCCUUCCACCAUGUUUCACCUCUAUCCAGUGGGAGCAGACCCAGCAAAGACAACAAAUAUGCAACUAAUCUGCAGGAAGCAAGGCGGAGCUCUGACCAGCGGUGGCUCUCAAAGCAACAGAGCUGUCCUUCACUCCUCCUCCACAGGAAGCCGUCGUGUGACGAUGUCAAAGGGACUUCUUUGGACAAACAUUGUGAAGAGUAUAAGUACAACUCAAAAGUCAUCGGUCCCAAAGAAAAACUGUUGAAGGAACUUUCAACUGCUCAACAUGUUGAAAGAAAAACUACGACAUGUAGGAAUAAUUCAGAAGGAUUUGUGUUCCUGGACAGUGCAGAAGAUGAUAUGAAUGAAGGUGGAAACAAAUCUACCAGUAGUCCAUGCUCCUGUGGCAUGUCUAGCUUUGAAAGAAGUAUGAAUUCUUGCUUAUGUGACAGCCCUCAGCACAGUCCAAGCCCCGGCUCCAGUCCUGUUCAACAUUGUCACCUACGCCGUGGCAGCGUGCCUGUGUCCUUGCUGGCUUUUCGUAAGGGUGGUCCCUCCAGUGAGCCGAGCUCUUUGGCCUCCUCUCCCUGCGGUUCUCCCCAACUCUGCCUCCGCAAGCAUCACAAGAACGGUCACAUUUCUCUGUGCCACCUCAAAGAUGGAUAUUCGAGUUUAGAGAGACUAAAUAGAAGGCCCAGGAUUAAAAAAUGUUCCUUGGAGAAAGCGUUCUCUCGAGGUCCGUCUCUGGAAAUGAUACCAACAGCACUGAAAGCAUCCGCAGGAGGGGCCACAAUCUGCAACAGUGGGAGCAACAGCAGUGGUGAGGAAGAGGGAGACAUCCUGUCAGAUAGCAGAGAGUUUGACAGUAAAAAACGCUCCACUGUGCUGGUGAGGCGCUACUGCAAGAAUAAUGAGAAGGUGAUCAAGUCGGUGUGUGCAGGAACCAGCGCAAUUGUCAAAGAACUGCCGUCAGGUUGCAUCUCAGACGACGCCUGUGGAAUUGUUAUUGAGCACGCACUCUGGCGUCCUCGCAAAGAAGAUUUGUGGCCAAUCUUGACACGUGGAGAACAUUUCAGAGUCUGCAGGGACAUGCUUCGUUCUGUCAGAGUGAGCCCACACCUGGUCACCAGCUGUUUGCAGGACAGAGAAGAAAUCAAUCUAAUUCAUCCUUCCAGAAAGCUUCUGUCAUCUCAGCCUGGAUGUGCCUGUCUCAGGGAGUCUCCAUGUCCACUCCACCUUACCACACCAGUAGGACUGGACUUGAAAACCUGCUUUAAUCCCUGGUGUUACCAGCCUUUUCAUCCACAUAGAUUAUAUCGUGCUUGCGACCAGAAGACGCUGCUGUGUUCCCUGCUCACUGGAGCUUUCCUCGAGGCCACGGUUUCCCUUGGUGCUCGGGCAUCUCUUCCCUUCUCAUUACCCCCGUGCUCCAACGGCCACGCUGUGCUAAAAGAGCGUCAGCUGGCCAACAGUAUGACCAGCAGCAGCUCUCUUCCUCCCAGUGUGAGCGGGAUCAGCAAGGAGCUGGCAGAGCUGCGCCACCUCGUUCAGUUCCCAGAGGAGAUCGCCUGCAUCCUCACAGAGCAGGAGCAGCAGCUUUAUCAACAGGUCUUUCCGUUAGACUACCUCUGCUUCCUCACUCGAGACCUUGGCAGUCCGGAGUGUCAGACCAGACGCCACCAAAACCUCAAGGCCUCGCUGUCAGUGCCGGCCAUGCCCACGCAGAAUGCCCAGCGCAGCAAUGCUGUGGAGGACCUGGUGGCGCGGUUCAAUGAGGUGAGUUCCUGGGUGACGUGGCUGGUUCUGACGGCCGGGUCCAUGGAGGAGAAGAGAGAAGUUUUUUCCUAUCUUGUCCACGUCGCCAGAUGCUGCUGGAAUAUGGGAAACUACAAUGGUGUCAUGGAGUUCCUGGCUGGACUAAGAUCCCGUAAAGUGUUGAAGAUGUGGCAGUUUAUGGACCAGACGGACAUCGAGACCAUGAGAAGUUUGAAGGAUGCCAUGGCUCAGCAUGAAUCUUCUUCCGAGUACAAGAAAGUUGUGACCCGAGCGCUCAAUAUCCCAGGCUGCAAGGUGGUGCCAUUCUGCGGGGUUUUUCUAAAAGAGCUUAGUGAUGCACUGGACAGCACAGCAAGCAUCAUCAGCCUCAAACAAUCUCCAGAUAACACGGAUGACUCGAUAGAGUUUGUGUCCGACUACAGCGGGCAGCAUAAUUUUAUGUCUCGGUCUGGGUCUGAUGGGCUGCACGUCCCAGACAAAGAAGCCACCGUCAGCAACAUCCUGCAGAUUAUUAGAUCAUGUAAUCGUAGUUUGGAGUCUGAAGAAUCAGACGAAACAUCUACCAGUCCCUCGUCAACCGGUCCAUCCCUCACCUACAGAUGCAACUCUUUACGGGACCGCUGCCGCAAUCAAUUCACAGUUGGAGACUUGUCGGACUCGGACGGUGACCUGUCCACUGAACCAGCACUGAAAGAGGUGGAGUUUCAGGGUACCGAAGAGACGCACAGAGCUUUCAGUCACGGCACGGAGCUCAUUCCCUGGUAUGUAUUGUCACUACAGCCAGAUGUUCACCAGUUUCUGCUGCAGGGAGCUACAGUCAUUCAUUACGACCAGGACAGCCACCUCACCGCUCGCUGUCUGCUGCGGCUUCAGCCUGACAACACGACGCUCAUCUGGGGUAAGCCUCAAAGCGGAGGAGCUUCCCCCAUGGAGCAGCUGCCCGGGUUAGGACAGAGCGUGGUGCCUGGGUUGGCUGAAGGCCUCUUGGACAUUGGAGUGGUGAAGGCAGUGUUUCUGGGCCAUCAGGGGGUUGAUGUUCACGCUGUGUGUUUGCAAAACAAGCUGAGCCAAAUGACGGUGGAGGAGAACGGUCUGACUCUGCUCUACGGUCUCAGUACCACUGACAACAGACUACUACACUUCGUGGCGCCCAAUCACACCGCACAAAUGCUCCACAAGGGCCUGUCAGAGCUGGUGAAUGCAACCAGGAAACUAAAGAAGUUCCCAGACCAAAGACUUCAGUGGCUGAGGAGGCAGUAUGUGAGCUUAUAUCAGGAGGAAGGCAGGUACGAAGGUCCCACAUUAGCUCAGGCCAUUGAACUGUUUGGUGGGAGGAGGUGGAACAUGGGCACAGGUGCUGUAGAGAAACAAAGUAACCAGAAAAACAGCCCGCUGAGCAUCAACGACAAGUCCAAGAAGAAAAAGAAGGUUCUUGUACGGGGAGACAGUGGGGAUGCCACCGAUGAUGAGAUGGUUUCCAGGAAGACGCGGAGCUGUAAGGAAGGUUUAUAUCGAAACGGUCCCGAAUCUGACAGCAUCGACCAAGAAGAUCCAGAUGACAGCUUCCAGGGACCAUUCUCCCUAUCAUCCAAUAAGAGCUCUGGGUUGCUAGCCUCUUCCUCGUCAUCAUCUUCUUCCUCCAGCAUGGCCGGGUCCAACCACUCCCGUCCACAAUCAUCUCCAAUCCUGUCAGGGACGUCCAAGUCACAGCCAGGGGCGUGGAGCAGCAGAUCGUGGCACGGCCGAGGUAAAGCCUGCUUCAGGGGCUUCCAGAAUCUCAUGAUUUCUGACAGCACCAUGAGCUUCAUUGAAUUUGUUGAGCUCUUCAAGUCAUUCAGCAUCCGAAGCAGGAAGGACCUGAAAGAACUGUUUGACACCUUCGCUGUGCCCUGCAGCCGCUCAUGUCCAGAAUCCUCCCCUCUCUACACCAACCUCAGGAUAGACGACAAAGAUACAGGACUACAGCCAGACCUGGACCUGCUCACUCGGAAUGGAUCUGAUCUCGGCCUGUUUAUCCGGACGCGGCAGCUGAUGUCAGACAACCAGAAGCAGAUCUCAGAUGCGAUCGCGGCGGCCAGCAUCGUGACAAACGGCACAGGGGUGGAGAAUGCAUCGCUGGGCGUUUUGGGAUUGGCUAUACCACAACUCAAUGACUUUUUAGUGAACUGUCAGAGAGAGCAUCUGAGCUACGAUGAGAUCCUCAGCAUCAUACAGAGAUUUGAGCCUUCAUCAACCAUGAGACAAAUGGGUUGGAUGUCAUUUGAAGGUUUUGCAAGGUUUCUGAUGGACAAAGACAACUUUGCUUCUAAUAAUGAGGAAUCUCAGAUGAAUCCAGAGGAGCUGCAGUACCCUCUGUCAUAUUACUACAUCGAGUCUUCUCACAACACCUACCUGACUGGUCAUCAGCUCAAAGGAGAGUCCUCUGUUGAGCUUUAUAGCCAUGUUCUGCUUCAAGGCUGUAGGAGUGUGGAGUUGGACUGCUGGGAUGGAGAUGACGGCAUGCCAGUCAUUUACCACGGACACACACUCACCACCAAAAUCCCCUUUAAGGAUGUGGUGGAAGCCGUAAAUCGGUCCGCAUUUGUCAACUCUGACAUGCCAGUCAUAUUGUCCAUAGAGAACCACUGCUCACUUCUGCAGCAGCGUAAGAUGGCUGAAAUAUUCAAGACUGUGUGUGGGGAACGUCUCGUGACUCGUUUCCUUUUUGAGAGUGACUUCAGCGAUGACCCUCACCUGCCGUCCCCGCUGCAGCUGCGUGGGAAGAUCCUCCUCAAGAACAAGAAGCUGAAAGCCCAUCAGGCGCCGGUGGACAUCCUCAAACAGAAGGCUCACCAGCUGGCACACAUGCAAGCCCAAGCGAGCAACGGAUCACCAGGAGUAUCUUCCCCUAACAACCACGCUAAUGAAGAAGAGGAAGAAGAGGAAGAUGAAUAUGACUAUGAUUAUGAGUCUCUAUCAGAUGCUGAUGUCCUCACAGCCUCUACUGCCUCAUAUGGCCUAGAAGACAACAUCCUGGAUGACAAGCCCGACGCUAAGAGCCCGGCUGACAAGGAGGAGCCAAGUGUUGACGAAAUACCAAAGAGGAUGAAGAAAGCCGACAACAUGAUACAGAGCAAAGGAAAGGUGUUCGACAUGGAGCUGGGUGAGGAGUUUUACCUUCCUCAGAACAAGAAGGAGAGCCGACAGAUCGCCCAGGAGCUCUCUGACCUCAUCAUCUACUGCCAGGCUGUAAAAUUCCCUGGUCUGUCUACCUUGUCUCCAUCUGGUUCUGGUAGAGGAAAGGACAGAGGUAAAAGCAGGAAGUCCAUAUUUGGAACAGCUCCUUCUCGCUGUGGCGCAACAGGGGAGGUCACAGCCCAAAGCCGCACCCCAGGAAAAGGCGGCUCUGAACGGCUCAGCUGGGAGGAACAGCAGACAUCCCCCGUACUCAACCCCCCCACUUCGCUCAGCGCCAUCAUCCGCACACCCAAAUGCUACCACAUCUCAUCCGUCAACGAGAACGCAGCCAAGCGACUGUGUCGGCGGUACUCUCAGAAGCUGAUCCAGCACACGGAGUGCCAGCUGCUCCGGACAUACCCAGCAGCCACCAGGAUCGACUCCACRAAUCCCAACCCUCUGCUCUUCUGGCUGCAUGGAAUUCAGCUGGUGGCCCUCAACUAUCAGACAGACGAUCUGCCGAUGCAGUURAACACAGCGUUGUUUGAGGCUAAUGGUGGCUGUGGCUAUGUUCUGAAGCCUGCUGUGCUCUGGGACCGUAGCUGUCCACUUUACCAGCAGUUCUGUCCGAUGGAAAGAGACCCGGAGAAAAUGAGCCCAGCAGUCUAUUCCCUCACUCUUGUUUCCGGACAGAACGUGUGUCCGGGUAACAGCUCCGGCAGCCCCUGCAUCGAGGUAGACGUCCUGGGAAUGUCGGUCGACACCURCCACUUCCGCACCAAGCCCAUCCACCGCAACACCCUCAACCCGAUGUGGAGCGAGCGCUUUCAGUUCACGGUGCAUUUCGAGGAGAUGUGUUUCCUGCGAUUUGCCGUGGUGGAGAACAACAGCUCCCAGAUCACGGCUCAGAGAACGCUGCCUCUGAAAGCCCUCAAACCAGGUUACAGGCAUGUUCAGCUGAGAACGCAGCAUAAUGAACCUCUCGAAGUCUCCAGCUUGUUCAUCUACAGCCACAGAACAGAGGAAGGUCCCACAGGGGGCGCCACUCCCUCAUCUUUGCUGUUUAGUUCAGAGGAGAAGCGUCUUUCAGAGCAGCACAGGGUGACGGUACAUGGGMCUCCUGGUCCAGAACCCUUCAAAGUCUUCUCUGUGACGGAGCAGACCACAGCCAAGCAGCUGCUGGACAUGGUUGUGAGAUCUGGAGAAAACCCUUUGGAGCAUUUCUUGUGUGAGGAGAAAGUGCCCCUGCUGAAGGAGCGCAGCGAGGUGAAGCGCUGCGCUCAGUAUCGGCCCCUGGCCCCCGAGGAGGAGGUGGUCAGGCUCGUCAGCAGCUGGGACGCAGACGAUGGAUAUGUGGGGAGGAUCUGCAUCAAAACAAGAGACGAGAACCUUAACGACAAAAUCACUGUCCUGGAGAGAGAGGAGGAGGCGACAGUGGGGGGGAAGGACGCAGCAGGAGGCGGCGGCGGCGGCGGCAGUGGAGGAGAGGAUGAGAUGUUCUUAGUUCAGGUCCAUGAAGUUUCACCAGAACAGCCUCACACUGUGAUCAAAGCCCCGCGGUACAGCACGGCUCAGGACAUCAUCCAGCAGACACUGUCAAAGGCAAAGUAUUCCUACAGUAUUCUGUCCAACCCCAAUCCCUGUGACUAUGUGUUGGUGGAGGAGGUCGGCAGGGACGCCGGUUCUAAGAAGUCCUCCGCCACCAAGCCCCUCCAGCGGGUGCUGCUGGAUCACGAGUGCGUCUACCAAGCUCAGAACCGCUGGCGGGGCGCCGGAAAGUUCAUCCUUAAACUCAAAGAGCAGUUGGCGCGGGAGGACAAAAAGAAGGUGAUUUCCUUUGCCAGCGAGCUGAAAAAGUUAACCAGUCGCAGCCGCAGCAUGACGACGGGCCUGGCAGCGGACGGCCCCACGCAGAGGUAUCUGUCUGCUGCUGCAGGUCUGAAGGCGUGGGUGACUGAGGGUAGGGUGGAGGCUGGAAGGUUCAUCCAGGGUUCCUCCUCCUCCUCCUUUAAUAGAGAUCUCCGACUUUUCCAGCCUCCCAGCUGCUCUCUGACCCUCCGAGUUUUGAAGCUUCACCUCCUCAGGAACUGGAAGAUCCACAAAUGAGAUCCAGGAGGAAAACUUGCACUGACUACUCGUAAACUUGGAGGAAUUUUCUGUUUUUCCCACAAUUUCUGAAGUGUUUCCACGAGGACUUGUAGCUUUUGAGGUAGAUUCUUCUGUGCAUAACAACCUAGUUUCCUCACUUGGUGGAAGGAUGGACAGGAUUUUGGGAGAUUCCCAAGUGUCUGUUCCCAUUCCUCUCGGUUUCUAGCGAUUGUUACGGCUCCAGAGAUGGUCCAGAGUAUCAUGGGCAGCUGUUUUUAAUGGCAGUCUCCAGGGACUGUAAAUAGCACUAAAAUAUUCCUCCUGUUUCUGACGAGCAGGAGGAAAAAAGCCCUGAGGGACAGUUAAUUGACAAGUAAGUAUGAGUCUAAACUGCUAAAUGAGCUGCUCUAUGGAUAAAUGUUUUUUUUUUUAUUAGACACAAAUUAUUGUUUUGUGGUUUAGAUGGUUCAAAGGUUUGAUGUAAACUGAUACUCAAGAAGUGACAGAUGGAGGAAGAUCUUAAUUAAAAUGAAGGAUAUUGUAAGGAGAUUUUAUUCUUCCUCUCUUGGGUAAAGACAUUACAGCAGAGGCAGACAAGCGGGCUUGUUUGGUUCUUCUUCUCACUGUUUCAACUCUGUGGUGCUGUAAGAGCACAGUUUGAGGCAGCGAAGUAAACUUUUCCACUUUACUUGGUUAUUCACUAACAGACGUUGCGAGGCUCCAGGCAAUUUGCCGAACACUAACGUACCUGCACUAAAAGCAACAGCACACAUGGCAGCGUCCUAGAUCAGAGACGGUGUGCAAUAUUGGUUUCUGUUUAGGAGCGAUCGUGGAACCUUUUGUUGCUUAACUUUAACGUGGCUGCAAAACUGAAUCAGACUUCUAUUUGAAGAUGUUUUUAAGGAGGAUUUGAUUUGAAGCUGUUGCACAGAAAAUUUAAGAGCUCACAUCUCUUGCUACUUACCAUUUUGGCAACUAAUGCAAUACCUUUAGGAAAAUAUGUAUUUUGCAACUUACUAUUGAGAGGCCACUGUACAUCUAGAAUAUGUGCAAAUUUUCAUUUCCCAGUUUCUCAGUCUAAUGUGUAACAUGAUUUUAAGCUGAUUCUCAAACGGUUCCUAUAAGUUCAUGCAGCAGUGCAGAGUUCAGCUCCUAAUUUUUUUUAGUGAUUAUUCUCCUAACAGCAUUUUGCACAUUUUCUUUCUUUUAUUCGUGUUAGACGAUCAU